UCUUUCAAUCCGUUAAACGUAAACCAAAUAAGAAAAAGAAAAGAUCGGCCACCACCAAGAAUAAAUGCUCCUUUAUUACUCUCUCAUGGUAAAAAUAGUAAGAAAUCUUUCGGAAACUGAAACAUUACCACUAUAACAAGUCUCCAUAUUUUCUUGAUUUUCGAGUCGAACCGAAGAGAUUCAAAAUGGGUAUUUUGAGUAGUAUUCUGGGUUUUUGCGGGUUCGGAAUUGGAACUUCAAUCGGAAUUGUAAUCGGUUAUUACAUGUUUAUCUACUUUCAGCCGACUGAUGUCAAGGAUCCUGUAAUCCGUCCCUUGGUUGAGCAAGACUCAAAAACUUUGCAGAGAAUGCUCCCAGAAUUACCCCAUUGGGUGAAAAACCCAGACUAUGAUCGUGUUGACUGGCUUAACAAAUUAAUUGCAGCCAUGUGGCCGUACUUGGAUACAGCAAUUUGCAAGACAGUAAAAACUAUAGCAAAGCCCAUUAUUGCUGAGCAAAUUCCGAAAUAUAAAAUCGACUCUGUUGAAUUUCAAGAACUUACCUUGGGCUCCCUUCCGCCAACUUUUCAAGGGAUAAAAGUUUAUCUCACUGAUGAGAAAGAGCUGAUCAUCGAACCAGUUUUGAAAUGGGCUGGAAAUCCAAACAUCACUAUUGCAGCCAAAGCAUAUGGUCUGAGAGCAACGGUUCAGGUAGUUGAUUUGCAAGUAUUUGCUGCUCCACGCAUCACGCUGAAGCCUUUAGUCCCCACGUUUCCUUGUUUUGCCACUAUAUUUGUCUCUUUAAUGGAGAAGCCCCAUGUUGAUUUUGGACUGAAAUUGCUUGGAGCAGAUGCCAUGGCCAUUCCUGGCCUGUAUCGAUUUGUUCAGGAGCUUAUCAAAGAUCAAGUUGCAAAUAUGUAUUUAUGGCCGAAAGCCUUACAAGUGCCAGUCCUGGAUCCUGCAAAAGCUGCAAAGCGACCUGUUGGGAUUCUGUCGGUGAAGGUUGUGAGGGCAAUAAAGCUUAAAAAGAAAGAUCUUCUUGGAGCAUCAGAUCCUUAUGUGAAAUUAAAGCUCACUGAAGAUAAACUACCUUCAAAGAAAACAACUGUGAAGCAUAAAAAUUUGAACCCUGAAUGGAAUGAGGAAUUCAACAUUGUUGUUAAAGAUCCAGAAUCUCAAGCCUUGGAGGUCAUUGUUUAUGACUGGGAACAGGUUGGCAAACAUGAUAAGAUGGGUAUGAAUGUCUUUCCAUUGAAAGACCUUACAGCUGAUGAACCAAAAGUCAUUACACUUGAUCUGCUUAAAAACAUGGAUCCAAAUGAUGCUCAAAAUGAGAAAUCACGCGGGCAGAUUGUUUUGGAACUGUUAUAUAAAGCUUUCAAGAAGGAUGAGAUGCCAAAUAAUGUUGAAGAUUCAAAUGCUGUAGAAAAACCUCCAGAAGGAACACCUGCUGGUGGGGGUUUGUUUGUGGUUAUUGUACAUGAAGCUCAAGACGUUGAAGGAAAACACCACACGAAUCCCUAUGUGCGAUUACUUUUCAAAGGGGAGGAAAGGAAAACUAAGCCGGUGAAGAAAAAUAGAGAUCCAAGGUGGAACGAGGAGUUUCAGUUCAUGCUAGAGGAGCCACCCACAAAUGAUAAAAUCUACGUGGAAGUUCUUAGCGCCUCCAAUCGGAUUGGUCUACUUCAUCCUAAGGAAAAUUUGGGGUAUAUUACCAUAAAUCUGGCUGAUGUGGUAAGCAAUAAGAGAACCAAUGAGAAGUACCAUCUGAUCGAUUCAAGGAAUGGCCGGAUUCAAAUUGAGCUGCAGUGGCGAAGUUCUUCAUAGAGAGUGCCCAUGUUGGUAGGUUUUUUUAAGUAGAGGAGUACAUUCUUAUUGUGCAAUCUGUGGAUAGAAUUUGUAGUGCCUUAGUGUGCUAUUUAAUAAUAUACUGUUGAAUGAAUUCUGUAAAACUUUGAAGGUUACCACUCAAACUUUUUUCAGUAAAGCAAACUUGUUUCCUUGGAGAA